UCCAAACACCUCUACCAUCCAACUCUACUACAAUCGUCACGCAUUCAUAAACCACGCCACUUGACCUUGACCUUUAGAGAAGCUCGUGAACUAUUUUCAAGCCCUGCAUCUACAAUUCCAGAAUGGCUUUAGUGCCGUCUGCCAUCUUUUUGUCUAUCUGUAUUUGCCUCCCCUUUCUUCAUACGAUUGACGACGCUUGGCGCUAUUCAGCUGAGUGUAGCGGCGCAUCAUGGCCGGAUUCGAUAAUCUGACAGAGUUAAACAAAACGCUUCUUAAAUAUGAGGACCUUGUAACGUACCCUGAUUAACAAUCUUGAAACACCUUGAGCAGAACUAUGACUACCAGCAGACUAUGGCCCCAAGAAUGCGCUUCUGCCAUCUCUGCAUGCCCAGACGACGCAGGUUUUUUUCUCUGAGUGGAAUCCUUCUGGCUCUGCUGUGUCUGGUCUUGACCUUAAGGUCACACCUGGACCAGCCUGACCAGGCGUACCACAGGUACCAGAGACUAGGUCCACUGAGAGAGGUCAGAAGUCAUGCUGCUCCAGUCGUACAUGGGGCUGGGCGUGAGCUGGACACGCCGCACGGACACAACAUUCGUUCAGAGUCUACACCAACAGAUCACGUGAUGCCCGGUACACGUGUUGUGAUCAAGGAAGACACACACCUGUCUCUGGGGUCAGACUUUCAUCACGGCAGGUAUGAGGUUCCAGACAAGUCACGUGGGUCACCACGCUCUACUGAGACACCAGGAGCUGACGCCGGCACUUCAAAAUUCCUUACUGACGAGCCAUUGAUCCAGUCAAUAGAUAUCGAUGGAUUUUCAAUCAGUGGAAUCGGUCACGUGGUCGAAGGGAUGUUCUGGUCAGAGGAGGUAGAGAAGCUCAUCCCUGCAGGGGUAUCAGAGAGUCAGGCAGACGAAUGGCUUAUCAAGUCCCGGAAGUUGCCAGUAAAACACAUUGAGCCUGCGGAAUGGGACAAGUGUGGCCGGCAAAACAAUGCGUUCGCCAUCUUGGACGACGGAACAGAAAUGUGCGUGCGUUAUCGGUCACCGCGACAUAAACUGCUGUUGGGUGAGGCCCUCUCCUACUGGCUGGCCAGGUACCUGCACAUGGAUUGUGUGCCACCCGUCUCCAUCUCCCAAGUCAACUCCAGCCAGUGGAGUAAUCAGACAAGCCACUUCCGGGAGCUAGGGUGGAGCAGAGACGAGCUGGUGGCAUUGAUCAUGUGGAUUGAUGAGAUCGAUAAUCAAAACUUGAUCAGGUCCCAGGUCCGUAUGCCCCCACUCCUGCUGCACGCCUACAAGACCCACGCACCUUUAGACAGCCACACCCUAGUGACACACCUCAAGAACCUGACCCACAGACCCACAGCUGAGGGCGUGAGUUCAAAUCUUGUUGGGGCUUUGAUUGCGCUGGCACAAUGGGGGAGUAUGAUUAUCUUGGAUUACAUCACCGGCAACUACGACAGGGUCGCAAGCAUGCAAGAUGGCGCCGAGAAGGAGAAGAAAUGGACGAUAAUCGAAGAGCCAAUCAGAAACUUGAGGCGCUCUAAAUACGAGCAGAUCAAGUUGUGGCUCAUUGACAACGAGAGCGGCCUGCUGGACGGCUACGAGCUGAUGUAUCAUGGCUCGUCUAAUGGACGCAGGUUUUAUGAGUUCCAUGAAGCAAUGUUGAAGACAAUGUGCAUCUUCCAGCGUCGAACGGUCAGCGGGCUGUACAGGCUGUACAAGCACAGAAGCCCAUACAAGCUGCUGGAGAACUUUGCCGUCCGUGGAGAUUCUGCCGUGUCCAAACUUAAAAAAGAUUCCAGUUAUAAACUCUUUGAGAGGGUAUUCGCCAAACGUGUGAAAUCAGUGUUGGGCUGGAUUCGUGAGUGUGAGACGAGAUUAAACGGGGUUCCUUUAGUCUGACUCACUGCUUUU